AUGCAGUUCGGCCGCGAAUGUCGGCUCAGGGUCUUGGACCUUUGCUGUGGGAAAGGAGGUGACCAGAUGAAAUGGGCCGAGCAAGAUGUCGAUCACGUUACUUUCGUGGACAUUUCCAGUGCUUCCAUUGAUGCUUGCCGUGGUCGAUAUAGACAGUUGCGCAACAGACGUCGUUAUUUGUACUCUGCGGACUUCCACGUCGCCGAUUGCACCUCCGCUCUUCCCGAGGCGGUUUUGAGAAGUGGUCCUUUUGAGGUCGUCAGUUGCCAGUUUGCAGCGCAUUACGCAUUUGAAAGCCUGUCCCAAGCACGGACACUUUUCAACAACGUGGCUCGUUGUCUCAGACCUGGGGGAUUUUUCUUGGCCACCAUUCCCAAUGCCUACGAAAUCGUUCGGAGAGCUAACGAAGCAGUCCAUCCUACAAAAGACGAUAUCGAUUUCGGAAAUUCCAUCUACUCUAUCCGUUUUCAACCUGACAUUUGCCAACGAACAGUGAACAGUGACACUUGCACCUGGGGUGCGCUUAAGUUCCCUCUUUUUGGAGCUCGGUACGACUUCCAACUGGACGGCGUUGUGGACUGCCCAGAAUACCUAGUUUAUCCCCCACUUUUUGAAAAGUUGGCUGCCGAGCAUAAUCUUCUUUCGCUCACUCCACCUAUCCCUUUUUCUAAGUACUUUUAUGACACAAUUGUAUGUACUGAAGAUAGAAAUUCCCACGAACUGCUCAUCCGUAUGGGUGCCUUGGAGACAUGGAGUAAUCCUUGGUGCACAGAUUCUGAUGUAACGAAACCAGCAUCUUCGGAAACGGAGCAAUGCAAAGAGUCAGCGUACAAGCAUGUGGAGGAAAGAAUUGCUCUAGACGACAUUUGUCGGCAUUCGCCGUCACUGGGAACCAUGUCUGAUUGCGAGUGGGAGGUUGUCAAAUUGUACAGCUUGGUUUCACUUCAGAAGGAGUGA